AUGCCUCGCGGUGUCGAACUUCUGUUGUUGGCCGCUUUAGUUGCCGGUCAUGGCCACAUUAGCAACAUCGUCAUCAAUGGCGUCUCCUAUGACGGCUGGGAUAUCAGCGUGGAUCCCUACGAGACCGAUCCUCCCGUCGUCAUCGCCUGGGAAACACCGAAUACUUCUAAUGGGUUCAUUAUGCCAGACCAGUACGGCACCUCGGAUAUCAUCUGCCAUCUCAAUGCGACCAACGCCAAGGGGCACGCGGUGGUCGCUGCUGGCGACAAGGUCAACUUGCAGUGGACUGUAUGGCCAGACACUCACCAUGGACCUGUCAUCACCUACCUGGCCAAUUGCGGUGAUAGCUGUGAGACAGUUGACAAGACUACUCUGGAAUUUUUCAAGAUUGACGCCGUUGGUCUAGUUGAUGACAGCGUGGUGCCCGGUACGUGGGGGGACGAUCAACUGAUCGCGAACAAUAACAGCUGGCUUGUCGAGAUUCCUCCUACAAUCGCACCUGGGUACUAUGUGCUGCGCCACGAGUUGAUCGCCCUCCAUGGUGCAGAUGCAGCGGACGGGGCACAAAACUACCCCCAAUGCAUUAGUCUCCAGAUCACCGGCUCGGGAACUGACCAGCCAUCGGGUGUGUUGGGUACUGCGCUUUAUAGUGAAACGGAUCCUGGUAUCCUCGUCAACAUAUACGCAUCGCUGUCCACCUACAUUAUCCCCGGGCCGACCCUUUACAGUGGGGCUGUGUCUAUCACACAGACUUCAUCGAGUAUUACUGCAUCUGGAACUCCAGUGACUGGGACCGGCAUCCCAACUACUACUGUAUCCACUCUGACUUCAACUACAACAACCCAGCCGACAACCUUAACGACAACCACAACCGGCAAGGCUACUACUACGACUACCACCACCACCACCACCAGCAAUACCACCAGUACCAUUACUACUAGUCAAGGCAGUUCGACCCAGUCUGUAUAUGGUCAAUGCGGGGGAUUGGGCUGGUCUGGAUUCAUGGUUUGCAAUGUGCAGGCGACCUGCUCUUCCGAGAAUCCAUAUUACUCUCAAUGCGUUCCUACGGCUGUUUAG